AUGUUUCGACACCAGCAUCAGUUUUUUGGUACCAUUAAACCGCAGAUUAAUUUUGAUCCAGAAGCAGUUGCUGAAAUUCUCCAUAAAGCCAUGAAAGGUAUUGGAUGUGAUAAAGAAGAAAUAUUGCAUGUAUUGACGACAAUUAACAAUGAGCAACGACAGGAGGUAGCUUUGCAAUAUAAAUCGAUGUAUGGAAAAGAUUUGAUGGAUUCGCUAAAAAGUGAACUUCACGGUGAUUUUGAAGAUGUCAUUGUGGCACUGAUGAUGACACCAUCUGUUUACGACGUCCGACAACUACAUCAAGCCAUUUCUGGAAUGGGAACUAAGGAGAAGAUACUGGUCGAGAUAAUGUGUUCAAGAACAAACGAAGAAAUUCUUUGGAUCAAGGAAAAAUACGAGGAAGAUUAUGGCGAAUCGUUGGAAGAUGGAGUAAAAGGUGAUACAAGUGGACAUUUUGAACGUCUUUUGGUUGCCCUGUUGCAAGGGAACCGGAAUGAAUCCAUAGCAGUUGAUUAUCGGAAAGCGAAUCAGGAUGCGCACGAGCUGGAACAAGCUGGCGAAAAGCAGUGGGGCACGGAUGAGUCUACAUUUAUCAAAAUUUUAGUUACUGAAAGUAUUCCUCAAUUGCGGCAAGUUUUGAAUGAUUACGAACAAAUCGUUGGACACAGUAUUGAAGAGGCAAUUAGGAAUGAAUUCAGUGGUGAUAUAAAUGAAGGAUUAAUAGCAUUGGUAAAGAACAUUCAGAAUCAGCCUGGAUACUUCGCUUUUGAACUGUAUCAGGCAAUGAAGGGUUUGGGAACAAAAGACAAAGAUCUUAUCCGAAUCAUCGUAUCACGUUCCGAAAUUGAUUUGGCACUUAUUAAGCAACAAUACGAGCAGAGCUAUGGUCGAUCGCUAAUUGAUAGCAUACGAUCCGAAUGUUCUGGCGCAUAUCGUGAUACGCUUAUUGCUAUUAUUCAAGGGAAUUAA